AGAACAACACAUGACAACAACUUAAACGUGCGAUAAAAAGUUGUGCUGUGGUUUGGUGAGGGACAAAAAUAUCAGUUUUUGUCAACAGUUUUAUAAAUCAAACACUAAACAACUGAAAUUGUUGUGUCAUGUCAUUCAAUUUUUAGCAAAUCAAACACACUUAAUGCAACGGCAAAGAUAUACCCGAAGAAAAAGGUUUUUGUUCGUGUUACAUCUUUGCCAUUGGAUUAAUUUGAUGGCUGAGAUGGAGCAGAGAAAUGGCUGCUGAAGAACCUGUUGUUGAACUCGUAGUGUACUAUGUAGUGGAAGUGGAAUGGGGUGAAGAGGAGUAUCUGAAAUGGCAAUGUCACAUUCACUUCUCCGUUUAGCUUCUUCACGUUUCACUAAACCACUUCACCUCUUCUCAUUCUCAUUUUCAUUCUCUACAACCUCAACUCAAAAGCCACCUCCCAUCCAAGUCUCCCUUACAGACACAGUGGGUCGCGCCGUAUUCGCAACUCGUCCAAUCCCUACUGGAGAUCUCAUCCACACCGCCGAACCCGCCGUCUGCCACCCUUCACCCUCCGCCCCCCACCCCGUCUGUUACUCUUGUCUCGCCAGACUCCCUAAUCUCUCUUCACCCUUUUGUUCUCACCGUUGCCGCACUCUUACCCAGGAAUAUUACGAUGUUGAGAUGAAAGCAAAUUGGAUGGAUUUUAAUAACUAUUGCCGGAACCGAGGUUUAAAAUUUCCCUUUCUGGUAAAGCGGUUGGCUUGCAUGAUCAUAUCAGGAGUUGCUAGAAGUGACAGUCUUGACAUACUUCAACCUGCCAGUUUGACACCUGAGAUGAUUUUAGAGAUGGAAGAGGGGUUCAACUUGCUAAGGAAUGCCUUCACAAAGGCACUAAUUGCAGAUGAACAAAUUGCUUUUUUAACCAAACAAUGGUACAUCAGUGUUUUGGCACGAAUUCGAAUCAAUGCAUUUCGCAUUGAGUUGGCUGGUGGUGGGUCAUAUGAAGAUCUUCUUUCUUCGGCAUUUGCAUCUGUAGAAGCCGAAGCUGCUGUUGGAAAUGCUGUCUAUAUUCUUGCUUCCUUCUAUAAUCAUGACUGUGAUCCCAAUGCACACAUUAUAUGGAUAGAUAAUGCAGUGGCAAAAUUGAAGGCCCUCCGUGACAUUCAUGAAGGCGAAGAACUCAGAAUCUGCUAUAUUGAUGCCAGUAUGGACCGUGAUGCUCGGCGAGAACUAUUGUUUCAAGGUUUCGGUUUUCAAUGCAAUUGUAGUAGGUGCUUGCAUGGUGAUUAGCUAUUUUUCUCUAAAAGAUUCUCCUAGGAUUUGCAAUAUUAAGUGGUUGGAUACAGGCUGGGAUGUAAAACUGCUCAAAUUUUGGGUAUUUAGAAUAUUAGAUAAUAGAUACCAUAACCCACUUUCUGUUAUACACACAAGCAUUCAAUAUAUAUUGGCUUAAUUGCACUUUUGGACCCCUAUCUUUCCAAAAGUUGCGGUUAUGGACUCCUAACUAAUUUAAAUACAAAACAGCCCCAUAUGUUUUGAUUCUUU